AUGUUGAGAGGCACCGUCGCAUGCCUACGCCAAUCACGGCAUCGUGGCGCGCAACUCCGACGUUGUGUCGCCCAACUUACAACAACUCCUCGUGGACAUCGAUGGACAACCCCCGCGCAGACAAGGACGUACGCGUCUGUUUCGGCGGCCGAACUGCAGUUUGGGCAGCCGAUCCAUGAAACACACCCUCAUUUGCUAGGUCCUGGUGAACUGACGCCAGGUAUAACCGCGCUAGAGUAUGCUCACCGUCGCUCGAGACUUGCCAAUCGACUGCCGAAAAAUGCAAUUGCGAUAUUGUCAGCUGCCGACAUCAAGUACCGCGCUUCUGGCAUCUUUUACGAAUACCACCAAGACUCCAAUUUCUUCUACCUGACGGGUUUCAAUGAACCGAAUGCGCUGGCUAUCAUUGCGAACGAUGGGUCCGGCGACAACCAUGUUUUUCAUCUCUACGUCCAAGAAAAGGAUCCGAGAAUAGAGCUCUGGGAGGGAGCACGUUCAGGAACACAGGCAGCUGUCGACGUUUUCAAUGCAGACGAAACUGGAAAUAUCGAAAGAAUAAAGGAAACGCUCCUCCCAAUUUUGUCCGAAGCGAGCGAAGUUUAUACCGACAUCACAUCGUUAUCUACGUCAGGGUCCAAACUGGCUCGACUUUUAUCUGCCAAUGAGGGCCAAACCGAAAUCCAGAAAAUAUUGAAAGAGCGGACCGUCAAACCCCUUCGCCCCAUACUCAACGAACUGAGAGUUUUUAAAAGUGAGAGCGAGGUGGUGAAUCUCCGACAAACGGGCCAGGCUUCAGGACGAGCAUUUACGGAAUCCAUGCGCCAUGAUUUCAGCAUGGAAAAGGACCUGGCCGCAUUUAUCCAAUAUCAAUUUAAAGUAAACGGCUGUGAUGGUAGCGCCUUUGUCCCUGUUGUGGGAGGCGGAAGGAAUGGCCUUAGUAUUCAUUAUACCAGAAAUGAUGACGUUUUACGAGACGGAGAGCUUGUGCUGGUGGAUGCUGGUGGGGAACGCGGUGGCUACAUUUCAGACAUCACGAGAACAUGGCCCAUCAAUGGCAAAUUCACCGACCCGCAGCGCGAUCUAUACACGGCCGUCUUGAACGUCCACCGGAGUUGCGUGUCUCUCUGCAGAGAAACUGCUGGCCUGUCUCUCGACCGUCUCCAUGGUAUUGCAGAACAAGGACUCAAAGACCAACUUAAACAGUUGAACUUUGACGUCUCCGGUGAUGCCAUGAGGACCUUGUUUCCACACCAUCUCGGCCAUUAUAUCGGACUGGAUGUGCACGAUGCCGCUGGCUAUCCACGAACUGGCAGCCUCAAAGCCGGGCAAUGUAUCACCAUUGAACCUGGUAUUUACGUUCCUGACGACGAGCGAUGGCCGGAAAAGUUCCGCGGCAUUGGAAUACGUAUCGAAGAUAGCGUAUGCGUGGGAGACGAGGAUCCUAUAACGCUCACAACGGAGGCAGUUAAAGAGAUCGACGAUAUUGAGGCACUCCGCUCGUAG